AUGGCGUCCGAUUACACUCCAUUUGUGAUUGAGAGCUCCUCACUCUCCGAUUCACGGAAACUCGUUAGAGAAAAGAUCAUACCUUGGGAAGGAUUAGCUCGUGCUGGUAUCAUCAGUAAUGACCAAGCGGAUCUCAUCAAGAUUUUAGAGACCCAAUAUGCUGUUUCCAAACGUGAAACGGUGCUCAACUCGGUAGAUCUAUAUGCUAAGACAAUCUUAAACUUGUUGAACAAGUUAGAGAUAAACUCUAGAGACGAUGUGUUGAAGAGCGUAUUGGUGUUGAUAAGUGACUUGCUAACUGACCCUGAUGCCAAAUUGUUUUUGAGCACACUUUUGGGUUUGUCGAAAGUCGAUUCUGCUCUACCAUUUGGGCCUUUUGUGAAACACUUAGAGAACAAUGACAUGCUCAUAAAGUCUUUGAGCUUCUACAACUUGACCAUCUUGUUGGUUGCGGGUUCUAGAGAAGGCAUAAAUGCUGAUAAGGAGGUGUUGAUCACUCUUUUCAACUUAGUCUGCUCAAAGCAUUACAUUGGCAAUGCUGCCGAUCAAAAUCUGCAAUUCAUUGGAGUGCAAUUGUUGCAAGAAUUGGUGAUCGUCAAACGUUACCGUGAUAUAUUCCAGGAGCAUAACUUGAUCUCCAACUUCAAGAGCAUAAACACCUUGAUAGAAGUCCUGGCGAGAAAGCCCAACAGCGUCAAUUUCCAGCUUUUGUAUUACGUGUUCAUGACAGUGUGGAUCCUAAGCUUCUCCAGCACCCUCAACAAGACCAUGGUGCACAACUUCCCCCAGCUAAUUGGCAACCUCUUGACUGUGUCAAAGGAAUCCAUCAAGCUAAAGGUGGUGAGAGUGGCCAUCUCUACAUUGAAAAACUUUGUUGCCGUGACCAUCAACUCUCUGGAGCAGUAUAGUGUGGUGAAGUUGAUUCUAUUUUAUGAUGGACUUAACAUCGUCAGAACCAUUCAGACUAGAAAGUUUGCAUCCAACGGAAGUGACGAUGAGUUAUCGAGCGACUUGGCCUACUUGAACGAUACUUUGUCGGAAGUUGUCACAAACAAAUUAUCCUCCAUGGACGAAUACUUAGUAGAGUUGGAAAACCCUGAAUUGUUGAGCUGGUCCUCUCCCACACACAAGUCGAGUGAUUUUUGGCAAGGCAAUGCCCACAAGUUUAAAGACAACAACUUCAAACUCGUGAAGAGGAUGUUGGAGAUUUUGUCUGCGGACGAGACGCAAGAGGGAGGAACAAAACCUAAAGUUAUCAUGUUGAAUGAUUUGCAGUUCUUGAUAAAGAACUUGGGCUCCGACAUUAUCAAUUACUUGAACACUGAAAAUGGCGGCCAGUACAAGUUAUUGAUCAUGACUUUGUUAGAGAAGAACGGUGGUGAUAACGAGUUGAAGUAUGAAGCCUUGAGAACAAUCCAGCACUUGGUUGGUCAUGCAUAA